UACACAUCUGAGUUGUGCGCAUGCGUGGAAGAACUUGUCAGCCCCAUAACUAGUUUCAUUUUAAGUGCAUUAACAUGAAGGCGUCGUCUUGUUCUUGUACGUUUCUUACGUGUUUUUUCAUCCUUCUAUUGUUCGACUCCUAUUCGACUCUGGGCGUCCGGGCAUCUUUGCUUCUUCGGUCCCCAAAAAAAAGAGAAGCCCAACAAUGUCCCGACGGACUGUACCAUCAUGGCACAAUCGCCUGUUGCCUGUGUGCCAUAGGUCAGCGUCUGGAGCAACAUUGCCUUGCUGGUAGUCCAGAUAAAACGGAAUGUGAUCAGUGUGAGUCGGGCACAUACAACAGCCACCCAAACCAGGACAGAAACUGCCAACGCUGCACAUCCUGCUCACACACCAAUGCCAAUCUGGAGGUGGAGACGCUCUGUACUGUAGCCAGAGACACCAAAUGCCGGUGCAAAACCCACCACUAUUGCAUUAGUGCCAAUGAUCAAGACUGUAAACUUUGCAGUCCUUGUACAGAAUGCGGUAUGGAAGGCAUCAAAGUAGCCUGCACAGCCACCAAUGACACAGUGUGCAAUGCUCAAUUAGAAAGGAGAAAUCAUGUAUGUACUGGAGUUGCCGUAGCUUGUGUGUUGUUCGUUAUAAUUUUAGUUGUUUUAAGAUACCAGAGGAACAGGAAACAGCGACGGAGCAACCGACAGAGCUCCAACAAUCCAACAACAUUUGAGGUGGAGAUGCAGUCAAUUAGCCUUCCAGACACUGACCCUAUUCGGCACCUGCCCGCUGUCGCAGAAGUGCUUGGGUGGACGACUAUGGCCAACGUGGCAAGACGGAGCGGGAUGAGCCCGAUCGUUAUUGACAGCUGCGAACUGGACUAUCCGCGCAACAGUCAGGAACAGACGCUGCAGCUCCUGAGGAAGUGGGUGGAGGAGCAGGGCAUGGACGCCAUGAAAAAGUUGAUACAAACCCUGACCAAUAUCAAGCAGAAUUACACAGCACAGAGGGUUUUGGCUGUUUUAUCCAAUGUUUAAAUUUGUGUGAAUUUAGCCAGUAUAUUUUUUUCUCAAUGUUGUUUUACAAUAUAGGAAAUGUUUGACCUAAGAACUCAGCCGAUGGAGAAAGCCACCUUUUAUGUGCAAUCUACGUGAAUUAAGUAGCAGAACAAUAUGGGUCGAAUUGUUUACAUGGGGUAUCUUUGUGUGUGUUCUUAAAAUAUAUACGUCUCUUUCAGCACUUGAACUUUCAAAAUGACCUAAAAGUUGUCCCUCGCCAUAACACAGUUCACUUUCCGCGGUCUCGCAGUAUCGCAGAUUUUUAAAUUGGAGGUAAUGUUUUUAAUUUUCUAUCUGAGAUUUUUGGCUAUAACCAAGGAUUUUGCAGUGAUCAUUUUUGCACACGGACUGUAACUGUGGAAUGUAUGAGCCGGGAAUAAAAAAUGUGUAAAAGACAAGAGAA